AUGCGGAUGGAUCUUAAUCCCAAUUUGGGAACUAAGAGACCAAGGGAGGCAACUGCAAUCACUUUCACCAAGGAAGAUGCAACAGGAGUCAUCUUUCCGCAUAAUGAUGCUCUCGUGAUCUCCCUGCAAAUCGGAGCAGCAACAGUGAAGCGAAUGAUGGUAGACCAAGGAAGUUCUGCAGAGAUCAUGUAUUAUUCACUCUUCCAGAAGUUAGGGAAAACUCAUGCAGAUUUGAUUCUUGUUCCGACACAUCUGGUGGGCCUUAAUGCGACCCCAGUUUGGCCUCUCGAAAGGAUACGAAUGCCAGUCACGGCAGGUCCAAGAACAGUUGAAGUGGAUUUCCUUGUUAUAGAUCUACCCUCAACGUAUAAUGCAAUCAUGGGCAGGACUUGA